AUCUUUAUUACUUCCUCUACCUUCCCUCCCCAAAAAAUUGUGACCAUUCCCUUCCUCCUCUAUGCCUCCACCACCAUUCUCCUUCUUCAUGAUUUCCUUCCAUCUUUCAUUUCCUGAGAUGCUUUAGGGUUUUAACUUUUUUAGGGUCUAUACAAGUUUUUGUCAUUGUAUCUUCCUUCAGGCACUUGGUACUGCUACUACUGAUUUGAAAAAGGGGGAAAGAAAAAACCAUGCGGGAAAGAAAGGAAGAAGAUAUCCUCCUCAAACUAUGAUCAAUUUUCAUUAGCAGUUAGCAAGAAUACUACCUGUACAGUUGUACUCACUUUUUUCUUCCUCUGCGCCUAACUGUCUAUAUAUAUUAUAUACAUACAUAUACUUGAUCAAAAGCAUUUUCAUUGAUUAAUCAGUACAGUACGCACUACGCAGUAGUAGUAGUUUGUUUGUGGGCAGUAGAAUGGGAUCCGUAUCAGCAUCAUCAAAGACUUUGACAUUCAGGGUGACUAGACAAAAGCCUGAGCUGGUCCGUCCGGCCAAAUCCACUCCUCGGGAAUGCAAGCUCCUCUCCGACAUCGACGAUCAAGAGGCUCUUCGGAUUCAAAUCCCUUUCAUCCAAGUUUACCGUAACCGCGAUGAUCCUGGCAUUAAUGAGAGCAGGAGGAGAUCAGACCCCGUGAAGGUGAUCAGGGAGGCUAUUGCAAAGGCUCUGGUGUUCUACUACCCGUUGGCAGGGCGUCUCAGAGAAGGCCCUGGAAGAAAGCUGAUGGUUGAGUGCACGGGAGAGGGUGUUCUUUUCAUUGAAGCCGAUGCAGACGUGACGCUGGAGCAGUUUGGGGAUGCAAUUCAGCCUCCAUUCCCAUGCCUGGAGGAGCUCCUCUAUGACGUUCCUCACUCUGGAGGAAUCCUUCACUGUCCUAUAGUGCUUAUACAGGUAACUCGUUUAAGAUGCGGCGGUUUCAUCUUCGCACUACGCAUGAAUCACACCAUUGCUGAUGGUGUUGGAAUCGCUCAAUUCAUGAAUGCUGUGGGAGAAAUCGCACGGGGAGCGUCCGCCCCAUCUAUACAGCCAGUAUGGCAGAGGGAGCUCCUGUAUGCUAGAGACCCGCCAAGGGUGACGUGCACCCACCACGAAUACGAGGAGGUAGUCGUCGAUACCAAGGGAACCAUCGUUCCCCUGGACGACAUGGUCCAUCGCUCUUUCUUCUUUGGUCCGGCAGAGGUCUCAGCUCUGAGAAAAUCCAUCCCUCUUGACCUCAGUCACAAGUGUUCGACGUUUGAUAUUCUGACAGCCUUCCUUUGGCGCUGCCAAACCAUCGCCCUCCAAUACGAUCCCAACGAGGAAGUCCGCGUGAUCUGCAUUGUUAAUGCCCGCUUCAAGUUCAAUCCACCCUUGCCCCAAGGAUACUACGGCAAUGCCAUAGCAUAUCCAACGGCGCUGACGACGGCCGGACAGCUAUGUGAGAAGCCUGUGGGAUAUGCAGUGGAGUUGGUGACCAAGGCCAAACGUGUUGUGACGGAAGAUUACAUGAAAUCUGUGGCUGAUUUAAUGGUUAUCAAAGGGAGGCCUCGUGUCACUCUGGUGAGGACUUAUCUUGCAUCGGAUGUUACCCGGGCUGGGCUCAAUGAGGCGGACUUUGGUUGGGGGAAGCCGGUGUAUGGGGGGCCGGCCGAAGGUACUGUGGCCAGCUUUCACAUACCCUUCAAGAACAAGAAGGGGGAGACAGGAAGAGUAGUUCCUAUUUUUCUACCAGGUCUUGCAAUGGACAGAUUUGUGAACGAGCUGGAAAACUUCUUUUUGAGCCACAAUGUGAGGCCCCAUUUCCGCCGUACCACAUCGAGACUUUGAGGAAUGAAAUAAUCAGUUUGAAGGGUAAAUUACGUGUAAUGUGAGCUCCUUGUAGUUUUAUCAACUAUUAUCACAUGAUCUCCUAAAGUUUUAAAAUAUCCACUUCACCCCCUUAUACUUUUAUGUAAAGUGAAGGCUUGUGGAAAAUAGCUAUGUAAUGUUAUUAGUUGAAAUAUCGCCAGCGUCCUUACUUAAAGCUAUUGAUUACUGCUGCUGCUGCUAGUUUAAUGUAGUAUUAUAUAAAAUAAUUUUGCUUAUCUUCACUGCUUUGUAUGUACUUGUGCUCGUGCAUAAUUUGUGCUAAUAUUAUUGGUUUUGAUGAUACAAAUUUCCUGCGGCCUUUUUCUCACAGAAUUUGUAAAAGCC